AACGACUUUACUGACGCUUUGUUUUCGAAAUGGAUAAGUACAGACAAUUACUUCCUUCGAUCACAACCUUGGAUGUUCUUGCUUCAACAGUGAUUGAACGGAACUGAGCGACAUUUCACACAAUUCCACAUUUACUUCAACACUAGUAGCAGAAUAGUUUUAAUCUAUUUUUUUGCGCACGAUCAGGAAAGUAAAGAACUUAAUCAACCGAAAUGGAAUCUCAGGUCCGUCAGAACUACCACCGGGAAUGCGAAGCUGCCAUCAAUCGAAUGGUCAACUUGGAGCUUUUUGCUUCCUACACCUACACUUCAAUGGCUUUUUACUUCUCUCGUGACGACGUGGCUCUCUCAGGAUUCGCCAAGUUCUUCAAGGAGAACAGCGAAGAGGAGCGCGAGCAUGGCGACAAGCUCAUGUCUUUCCAGAAUCAGAGAGGUGGACGCAUUUUCCUGCAGGACAUCAAGAAACCAGAGAGAGAUGAGUGGGGCAGUGGGAUGGAAGCCAUGCAGUGUGCCCUGCAGCUGGAGAAGAACGUCAACCAGGCCCUUCUCGACCUCCACAAGGUGGCUUCUGAUAAGGGAGACCCGCAUCUGUGUGACUUCCUGGAGACCCACUACCUGAAUGAGCAGGUGGAGGCCAUCAAGAAGCUGGGAGACCACAUCACCAACCUCACCAAGAUGGACGCACACAACAACAAGAUGGCCGAGUACCUGUUUGACAAGCACACGCUGGGCUAAAUGACAACUAUCUCCGCUCCUUCCACCUUCUUAGCUGUGAAUGGAGAACACCAUCUGAUAUGCUUUGACAGUGCAACAUUAACUUUCCUAAAUAUUUCCGAUGUAUCUAUUUGAUGUGAAGUCUAUAAGAUGUGAUGUUACUGUCUGAGUGAAUAAACAUUUUGAGCCAAA